GGGGCCACGCCUUUUCCGGCCCGCCGCGCGGCCUAGGCUCCCGCGUGUUUAAAAGCGGGUGUGUGGCUACUGCUGUCUUAACUGCUGUGCUUGGCGGACAGACAGGCGAGAUGGCGGCGGAGGUGUUGCCGAGUGCGAGGUGGCAGUAUUGUGGGGCGCCCGACGGGAGCCAGAGAGCUGUACUGGUCCAGUUCUCCAACGGGAAGCUACAGAGUCCGGGCAACAUGCGCUUUACCUUGUAUGAGAACAAAGAUUCCACCAACCCCAGGAAGAGGAAUCAACGGAUCCUGGCAGCUGAAACAGAUAGACUUUCCUAUGUGGGAAACAAUUUUGGUACUGGAGCCCUCAAAUGCAACACUUUGUGCAGGCAUUUUGUGGGAAUUUUGAACAAGACCUCUGGCCAAAUGGAAGUAUACGAUGCUGAAUUAUUCAACAUGCAGCCACUGUUUUCAGAUGUAUCAGUUGAGAGUGAACUGGCACUAGACAGUCAGACCAAAACUUACAGAGAAAAGAUGGAUUCUUGUAUUGAAGCCUUUGGUACCACCAAACAGAAGCGAGCUCUGAAUGCCAGGAGAAUGAACAGAGUUGGCAAUGAAUCUUUGAAUCAGGCGGUGGCUAAAGCUGCAGAGACUAUCAUUGAUACGAAGGGUGUGACUGCUCUGGUCAGUGAUGCUAUCCACAAUGACCUGCAAGAUGACUCCCUCUACCUUCCUCCCUGCUAUGAUGAUGCAACCAAGCCUGAAGACGUGUAUAAAUUUGAAGAUCUUCUUUCCCCUGCUGAGUAUGAAGCUCUUCAGAGCCCAUCUGAAGCUUUCAGGAACGUCACAUCAGAAGAAAUACUGAAGAUGAUUGAGGAGAACAGCCAUUGCACCUUUGUGAUAGAAACGUUGAAGUCUUUGCCAUCAGACGUGGAGAGCCGAGACCGCCAGGCCCGAUGCAUAUGGUUUCUGGAUACCCUCAUCAAAUUUCGAGCUCAGAGGGUAGUUAAGCGGAAAAGUGCCCUGGGACCUGGAGUUCCCCACAUCAUCAACACCAAACUGCUGAAGCACUUUACCUGCUUGACGUACAACAAUGGCAGAUUACGGAACUUAAUUUCGGAUUCUAUGAAGGCGAAGAUUACUGCAUAUGUGAUCAUACUUGCCUUGCACAUACAUGACUUCCAAAUUGACCUGACAAUGUUACAGGGGGACUUGAAGCUCAGUGAGAAAAGGAUGAUGGAGAUAGCCAAAGCCAUGAGGCUGAAGAUCUCCAAAAGAAGGGUGUCUGUGGCCGCCGGCAGUGAAGAAGAUCACAAACUGGGCACCCUGUCCCUCCCACUGCCUCCAGCCCAGACCUCAGACCGCCUGGCAAAGCGGAGGAAGAUUACCUAGAUGCAUACUUUCCAGACAGGGCAUUUUGGCUGCAUCAUAGCCACUGGCUGGUCCUAUUCAUUUCCAUUUUUAUGUUUUAAAAAGGAAAGGUGCAGGGAUGGUGGCUCACACCUGAAAUCCCAGCACUUUGGGAGGCCGAGGCGGGAAGAUCACUUGAGCUCAGGAGUUUGAAACCAGUCUGGGCAACAUAGGGAGACCCCAUCCGUGGGGGGUGGGGGUGGGGGAAUGUCAGGCCUAGUAGUAUGUGCCUGUAAUCCCAGCUACUCAGGAGGCUGAGGCAGGAUGAUUACUUGAGCUUGGGAAAUCAAGGUUGCAGUGAGCUAUGAUUGCGUGGCCACACUCCAGCCUGGGUCACAGAGUGAGACCUUGUCUCAAAAAAGUAAAAUAAGGAAAAAAGAAGCCUUGCUUUGGCACAGGUAUGAAGCCAGAAGCGAGCAUCUCAAUUGUGCUUGUCUUAUGCAGAAAUAUAAAGUGAUGGCCAGGUUGGACUUCAUCUCUCUCCUUUGGCAUUACUGCUGUGAUUAUAAAUGGCAGAUGUUUCUCAUGUUGGUUCACCUGUGUGGGGAUUUGGGAGGAUGGGGCUUGGGGGAAAGAUCUCACCAGGCUGAGUCAAACCUAAUGGAUGAAGGUUUCCAAAGAGAAAUGUGAAGUGGUGUUCGUAGGUCUGGAAGGGUCAGUGGAGCACGUGGUAAGGAAGGAGGAUCUGGCUCAGCACGCCUGGGAAAUGACACUUCAGGCUUUAUCAGAAGGUAACUGGGUCACCAGUGUGAUGGGGAGCUGCCACAGGCCAGUAGGAUACAGCCUGUUGUAAUGGGGUGGAGCCAAGUCAGAGGAAGUGGUGACCCAUUUCUCUGCCUGGCUGAGGCCACAUAGAAGGCAGGGGUCAGCUCUGAAGGCCACACUUUGAAGAGAAUGAAUCAAUCAGUGUUAAGUUCAGAAAAUCAGCUGCUCUCGGUAUCUUAAGAAGAAAGGAUUUUAAUGUACGGAUAAGGUGCUGUAGAAUCGUGAGAAGGGCCAGAAGACCGGGAAUUGGAAGGUUGCCAUCGGGACUGCUGAAUUCAAGAACACACUGCUGGGGCUGCCUUCGGGGACUCAGAAGCCACUUCUGCCCCAUAACUGCUCCUGGAAUUCGUGAAGCUGAAGAUUCACCACUGGGCUGCUGAUUUCAGCUACCCAUGCUUUCUUCUUUUUCUUUUUAUGUUUUUGAAACAGUCUCGCUCUGGAGCCCAGGCUAGAGUGCAGUGGCACGAUCUCACUCACUGCUACCUCUGCUCUCCGGGUCCCAGUUCAAGCAGUUCUCCUACCUCAGCCUCCCGAGUAGCUAGGAUUACAGGCAUGUGCCACCAUGCCCAGCUAAUUUUUUUGUAUUUUUAAUAGAGAUGGGGUUUCACCAUGUUGGCCAGGCUGGUCUUGAACUCCUGACCUUGUGAUCCACCUGCCUUGGCCUCCCAACAUGCUGCGAUUACAGGCCUGAGCCACCGCGCCCAGCCUACCUAUGCUUUCAAAGGUCCUGUAUUUCUACCACCUUGUCACCAGAGACAGCCAAAAGGUCAAGCAGCUGGCCUCCACCUUGCUUCCUUCUGGUGCGCAUAUGUAGGAGCCUGAUUUGCAUGUAGAAUCCUAGCAGCAAGGGAGUCUUUGAAAUAGGUUUCAGCUCGCCAGCCUCUAGUUACAGGAGGCAUUCUGGAAGGACAUGAAUGGGUUAUAACUGCCAACCAAUUGUAUGUGCCACUGAGGAGAUGGAGAAGCUGUGUCCAGAGGGGUGCUAUAAGGACCGGAGUGUGACACAGGAAGGCUUAGGUACAUGGCCUGAGCCCAGUCUCAGAUCUCCAGGGUCCUGCUUCAAGUGGGAGCAGUUGAGAUCUGUGACACUCAGCGCCUGGGAGGCCGGGUCAGUGAAGGAAGGGAGACAGAGCUCAGCUCCUGUGAGAGGAGAAGUUUACACAGCACCUGGGGCCCUCCAUUUGGGAGUCACGGUGGAAAGGAGUCUUGGCUGAGUUUUGGGGCAGGUGCACCUUUUUUUCUUUGUGCUCUGGGAUGCCCUCGGAGCCGUGCUCCUCUGCUUUGUCCCCAACCGCCUCUGGCCCUGGGUAGGAGGCACUUGGAGCAUACUUUGUCUUCCUCCAGCAGAGGUGUGGGCAGGGAAUCUACUUACCUCUUGUUUUUCUUUAAGCCGUUGUGAAAAUCAAGUAUGUGACUCUUCCUUGGAAAAAAUAAUCCCAGAAAAGGACUUGUAAUACAUCCUCAGGUUGUGAUUAAUUUUAAAAUUCAGAUGGGUUUGACACUUUGAGGCUGAAUUUCUGGAAAUGACUGGACAGAGCAUGUGACUGGGACCCUCUGAACAACCUCUGACCUCGUGGAGAAGCAGGUGGUAAUGACUGGUGGUAUGGAUAGGGAAAGACUCGGCGGGCAAAUACUUGUCAUGUUUGUCAACAGGUGUAUCUUGCUAAAUGUCGGGGACACAUUCCCAGGGCUAAAAAGCAAAUUUCUGUAUAUUAGGACAUUGUGAAUCCUUAGGAAAGGCUCAGAAGAGGGCUCUACCUAGCACAAUACCUGACAUAAAAGUGGUCAGUGUCUGCA